CUGACAUGGACAAUCCUAAAAGGGAAAAACUUGAAAUAGAAGUCAAAUGUCGGGUAGUGUCUUCUUGCUAAAUAGUGACCACAGAAGUAUAUUUUCAUUCAUCUACAAGUAAGCCACUUCAUUUUACGCCCAAGAUUUUCAGUUCAGCAGAGGGAUUUUGUCGGAUUAUACAAUGAGAACACCCGAGCUUAACUACUUUGUUAUCAUCGUCUUAUUUGCUACCCAUGAAACAAAAGGAAAUGUUUCAUCUCCGGCUCCUGGUUUUUCCUCUUCACCACUGAUGCCAAUAUCAACCGUGAAAUCGUCUACUAGUGUUACCCAAAUUGAACAGAAUGCACAUAUCUAUCCAUCUAUCACAAUACCAGCUGAAGCACACCCAACACUUGAAUCAGACCUUUCACCAGAAUUACCAAGCAGCAGUUUUUCACCAGAGCCAUAUAAUAUGGGGCCUUCACAGAUGCCACAGUUUCGGGAAAGUGCUAACUCAGAGGUUUCUCGUGUCAGUGAAGAGACUAACAGUAUAAAUGAAAUCCUUACUGGAAAUGAUGAGCUCUUCAACAUUAAUCAAAUAACUAUAUCACCAGAACUGGGAAAUAUUGUGCAGGAUUUGCCUUCAGCAAAAUCAACACCAUCUGUUAAUGAUGAGUCAAGAGUCAAUGUUAAUGACAGAACAGAAAUUGAUCUAAUCAUAGAUGGAACUGCAUCUUCAGGCAUUACAACAAAAAAAGGAAGAUUAGGACCCGAGCCCUGGAAAAUUGGUCUAAUCUCGGCAGCUGUGUUUCUUGCAGUGGAGGUUUUAGUGCUGACUGUCUAUUGCUUUGUAUGUAGAAAAAGAAGGAGUGCUUUUGUAGUAAAAAACUGUGAACAAGAUAGUGAAGCUGGAGAAACAAUUAAUGUUGAAUCCAAUGACAAUACAAUAACCGGAGAGGAGGGAACAUUAAACUGUACGCAUGUAGUGGACGGUUCAAAUAAUGCAGUGCAGGAGGAAGGGCAGAAGAAAUGUGAGCUUAAGAGUAAAACUAUGGACAAUAAGUCAACUGAUGUCUAAUUAUUUUAUGUUCCUGCGGUCCUAGAGAACAUCAUUAAUACUGCAAUUUUUUUUGCACUUUUAUUACUUGUAUCAUUGGUCAAAAAACAAGAGAAAAAUAGCAUGUUGUGUUUUUAUGUAUGCACAUAUUAACAAAACAGUAUGACAUUAAAGCAGUGUUUGCUACUGUGUUUAGUAACAUUUUUAAGCCAAUGAAUAUGUGUUAGGAAAUUUGGAUACAUUGGUCUUGGUUUUUAACUUUAUUAGUACUGUUUACAGUUUGAAGUAAUUCAGGCUUAACAAUGUGAAACACUCUGGUGGGCACUUAAGGCAAUAUCAGUUCCCAGUAGUAUGCAUGGAUACUAUUAUGAAGCUGGGUGUUAGAGGAGAGUGUAUUGGGAGUACAGAGGAACAAUCGUUGCUAUUAGAUAGAUCACCAGCUAAAGCUUGUUCCCUUAGAUUCCACGAGUCCCCCUCCUGCGCAUCAUAACAGUCUAAGUGAGCAAACAAUAGCUAUAGGACAUAAUGGGGUGUGCUAGAGAGCAUACAUAAUGGUGUGAGGGAAAUCAUUGGGAAGGGGACAACCAAAUUGCCACCUCCCCACCUAACAUACAAAUAUGUUACACAAUAACAC